AUGGCGGCAGCAGCGGCCCCGGGCCCCGCCGAGCUCCCAUUAGAGGAUUUGAGUUCAGGCUUGCAGGAAACCCCGGACACUGACUCAGAUAGUGGGCAGGGCAGCUGUGAAACAGCCUCUCCAGGACCCUGCAGCACUGGGACAGCCUCUCUCCAGGAUGGAGAUUCAGAGGAAGAGAUUUUUGUACGUAAAAAAGCAAAAAGCAAGAAGGUACUUCAGGACAGUGAGAGUGAAGAUGGAGAGGAUGAUGGCUCCUUUGUGCAGAAUGAUGCUCUGGGUGGAGACAGGGAAAAUGAAAAGGAAAAAGAGAAUAUUACUGCCCUGAGGAACAAGAAAUCUCAUCGAAUUCUCCAAGGGCUGGUGGAUAGUGAUGACAGUGACACUGGUGACCAAUUGCAGAUUGAAAACCCUGAAGCAAGCAGAAAGUCUGGCUUAUCUGAGAGUGAGUUGGAAGAGGAGAGACCUCUAAAAUCAGGGAAAAAGUACAGAAAACCUAAACAGCAUGAACAUGAUUUUGAAGAAGAAAGGGCAGAAAAAGCUGUUGGAAAAUCAAAAAGAAGGAAGGAGAAGGAGAGAAGAAUAGAGUGCAUUAAACAGCUGAAAAAAGAAAGGAAUCCUAGAGCAGAGGUAGAUGGUGGUGAGAAGUAUCCUUUAAAUGACAGUGGGUGUCUCCUUGAUGAUAAAGAACUUUUUGAUAAUGGCUUGGAAGAGGAAAAUGAUUCCCCCCCAGAAGAUGAAGAGUCUCUGGAAUCCAUACGAGCAGCAGUAAAAAACAAAAUCAGAAAAUACAAGAACAAAGAGGAGUUUUCUGAGGGUGAAGGCUACAAACAUCUAUUUGGUGAUGAGAAUGAGGAACCUGUAUUAAAAGAGCCAAAAAAGAAGGAACGGAAAGCAGCGAGGUUAAGUAAAGAAGCAAUUAAGCAGCUGCAUAGUGAGACCCAACGACUUAUUAGAGAAUCAUCUGUGUCUCUCCCAUAUCACCUGCCUGAAGCCAAAAGCAUUCAUGAGUUCCUCAAGUGCAGACCUCGACCAGCAUGCCAAGGAAAUGCCAUGGCAUUGCUGAAGUCCAAUAAAUACCAACCAUCCCUAGCUGAAGAACCUGCAAACACAAAGAACUUGAGCACGGGUUGCAAAGCUGGGCAAACAGAAGGUGAUCAACCAGCAACUAAUGAACCAGAAACCAGCCUUGACAGAGAUGUUGAUGCUACUGUGAGCAAACCUCCUGCAGAUGUAGGGAACAACUUGAGAGAAGACUCUGCUGAAAAGCCCAGGCAGGACAGUGAUGAUUCCUGCAUGGUUGGGUCUGCACCAGCAGACACAGAACAGCAGCACGGGAGCUCCCUGAGCACUGAUUGUAGUGAAGAGAAAGAGAAUGAGAUUCCACUGGCAGCUGGAGAAGAUGGCCUGGAGCAAAGAGACAAAAUGGUACCAGACUCAGAAUGUGAGAAAAGCACCCAGCAAGUGGGGCCUGGGCUGGUGGCACAGGCUGAAAAAGUGAGGAAGUCCAAGCUGGAAAAACUUCGUGAGCUGGGUAUAGACCUGUCCAUCAAGCCAAGGAUCUGCUCUGACAAUGAAUCCUUUAUAAAUCUUGAUGAGUCUGAUUCAAAUAAAGAAUUGGAAGCCCUGAAAGCACGUUUCCUGAAGCAUACUCUGCGAGCCUCAAAAUCCAAAGCUGAACGGGCCAUAAACAUGACAAUUAUUAGGAAGGAGACCACAUCUGAGGGAAAGGAAGAGCUGAAAGCAGAUGUGGUACCAGCAGUGUUAGCUGCAGAGAGCCUGGAUGAAACAGUCCACACAAAGCCAGGUGAAAAGCUGCAGGUGCUGAAGGCCAAACUGCAGGAGGCCAUGAAGCUCCGCAGGACCGAGGAGCGUCAGAAGAGACAAGCACUCUACAAACUGGAUAAUGAGGAGAUGCUGGAGGAAGAAGAGGAAGAGGAGGAGGAGGAAGAGAUGACAGAUGAAUCUGAGGAAGAGGAAGAAGGCAAUGAGAACAUGGAAUUUGUGCUUGAUGAAGCAGAGGAAGAUAAUGAAGACAGAGAAGAGAAACACGUUGAAGAUGGAGAUAAAGAAACUGACAAAGAAUCAGUUGAUGGAGAAAAGCUGGAGAAGUCUGUGCACUGUGAUUCUGUUCCCAAACCACCUUCAACAGAGUCUACAUUGAUGCUUUUUAAGGACAGCUCCUCAAAAAUGGGAUAUUGUCUUCAUGAUGAGAAACCUGAAAUGGAAGAAGCUGCAGACAAAGGAUCUGCCAAGUUAGAGGAUGAUGAUUCCUUUUCUCUACCAACACUAGCAAAAGAGAACAGCCAUAACAGCAGCUUUGAGUUGAUUGGCUCCAUGAUCCCCUCUUACCAGCCCUGCAACAAACAGAUGUCACGGGGAGGGAACUUUCUCUCUGCAGCAGGAGGUUUCAGGUCUCCUUCCCCAGGUUUUUUCAAAACAAGCCUUAUCAGCUCUGCUUCCAAGAGCUCAGGAAAGAUGUCCGAGCCCUCUCUUCCCAUAGAAGAUUCCCAGGAUCUGUAUAAUGCCUCUCCUGAGCCCAAGAGUUUAUUUCCAGGGGCUGGUGAGUCACAGUUGCAAUUUUCUCUGGAAGAUGACACGCAGAGCCAGCUGCUUGAUGCAGAUGGGUUCUUGAAUGUUGGACAGCACAGGAAUAAAUACCAGUCCUCAAAGCACCCUCUGACUCUGGCGAGUAUGGAUGAGAACGCAAUGGAUGCCAACAUGGAUGAGUUACUGGACCUGUGCUCUGGCCAGUUCAGCACUCAAGCUGAGCAUGUGCCAAGUACCAGCAGCAACAAAAAGCAGAACAUGGAAGAACUGCUCAACCUUUGCUCUGGAAAAUUUGUGUCUCAGACAGGUUCUCCCACCUGGGCAUCUUCUGUAUCUUCCAAGGCAGAAAAGGACAGUGACGUUGAAGAUCCAAUGGCAGAAGCUCUAGCUCUUUGUUCAGGCUCCUUUCCCACAGACAGGGAAGAGGAAGAUGAGGAAGAGCAAGAAGAACUUGCUGACUUUCGGCUCGUGACGGAUGACAACGCCUUUGAUAGUGAAGAGGACAAAAAAAGUGGGGAUAGUGAUGCUGAAGAGGCAGAACUGAGUGAUGAGGAAGAAGAACUGCUGAGGCAUAGACAGGGCUUGAAGAAGAAGCUAAAGCUGCAGGAUUUCAUGGAAGAUGAGGCAGAGCUGUCAGGGAGUGAUGUGGGCAGCGAGGAUGAGUAUGAUGGUGAAGACCUGAACGAGUAUGAAGAAGAUAUUAUUGAUGAGGAGCUGCCUAAUGAAGAGGAAUUAGAAAGCCAGAUACAGAAGUUCCACAUGAAAGCCAUGCUUGAUGAUGACAAACGCCAGCUGCGCCUCUGCCAGGAGAGGUACCUCCUUGAUGGGGACCUGCACAGUGAUGGCCCUGGCAGGAUGAGGAGAUUCCGGUGGAAAAACAUAGAUUAUGCUUCACAGAUGGACUUGUUCCAGAGAGAUUCAGAUAAUGAUGAUGAAAGUGAGCAGUUUGAUGAGACAGAGGUGAAAUGGAGGAAAGAGCGAUUUGAACGGGAGCAGUGGCUUCGUGAGCAGAAGGAAAAAAAUAAAGACCAGGAGGAGGAGGAAGAGGAAGAAAUUGGUGAAGACAGCCAAUUCAUGAAACUUGCAAAAAAAGUAACUGCCAAGUCUCUCCAGAAGAAAGCAAGCCCAGCAGUGGUGGUACAAGACACAGCACUAUUGCCCAGGAAUCCCUUUGAAGCCUUCAGACCUGCCAGUGACCUCCAGAUUAAAAAUGGGUCUCUCUUGAACAGACCUAAAGCUGUCCUUCAGAAACUAGCAGCAAUGUCAGAUCUUAAUCCCAAUGCCCCACGGAAUUCAAGGAACUUUGUCUUUCACACACUUUCCCCAGAGAAGAGUGAAGAGGCAAAGGAAAAAGCAAAGCUUCAGGUGAAGAAGAGAGGUCCCACUGCAGCAGUGAUGUCUCUGGCCAAGAGGCCCAGGGGAGACAGCCCAGAGGAAACGAGUCAAAGCCGAAGCAUUUUCCAGUACUUGGAGAGCUGAGUAUUCCUGUUCAGGGCCUGAGGUU